AUGCUACAAUGGCACAGGGUGGACGAAGAGAACGUGGGCAUGGAGACGGACGAGUCCAGUGAUCCCGAGAGCAGCGGAGCUAUUGGCGACCUGGCAAUGAGCAAGCCUAAGGAGUCUACCGAGACGAAGAGUGGCAAGGACGAAGAACCCUACAAGCGGGACUUCGUUCCGGUGACGGGCUUUCGUCUGUGGCGGCUUCAGUUUUGGGCGCUCAUGUGCAAGAAGAUGAGCUACUGCAAGCGCAGCUACCUGGCCAUCCCGCUGCUCGUGGCCACCAUCUUCGUUACGGCGCUCAUACGCACACUGUCCUAUUUUCUGUUCCACUUUGACCUUGCCAAGUACGUCCAUCUCCAGAAAGAAGCGCUAUCGCCGACGGCCACCGAGAUUGCCCUUCUUCAGAAGGAACCAGCCUUCAAAGAAUUGUACUACAUGAUCCGCGAAGGCCCCAAGGCUCCGCUGUUCAAGUUCGACAUCCAAAAGGUGUCGGACAACGUGGUCGACCCGGUGUUCACGGUGGUGCUCAUCGCCCGCAUCGUCGACUCGCUCACCAUCCCGCUCUUGCUGUCGCUGCUGGCGGCCGCUUACGUCUUCCUGCCCACCGAGGAGACCUUCACCAAGGCCAAGGCCAUUCAGCUCAUGACCGGCAUCUCGGCGACGCGCUACUGGUUCAUGAGCUUCUUCAUCGACAUGCUGUCCUACACCAUCGCGUGCAUCAUCGCUUUGCUGCCGCUCUUCAUCAUCGAUCCCUGGGGACUCACCAAAAAGGCCAACAUCAUACUGUCAACUUACCUCGGUCUGUUCUGCUUCUUCGGGGUGGCCUUCAUCCCCACCUGCUACGUGACGUCAUUCUUCGUGGAGACGUCAGCGGUGGCCUACUUUGGCCUGAUCGUCGAGAGCUUCAUUACAGGUACGGUGACCAGCAUCGUGCUCUUCCUGUUCGACAACAACGUAGUCCUGGCACUCAAGGAGAAGUCGCGCUUUCACCGCGUCUUGGGCAAGCUUGAGCUCCCGCUGCGCGUGGUACCCAACUUCGCCGUCAACCGCGGAGUGGGCAACGUCAACAAGCGACUCUUGGGACAGCUGGUGUGCUGCAACUUGCCUGUCGACCUGCUCGCGAUGCUCUGCAACCACGAGUCGAGACAGUUCGGCACUGCGCGCUUCACGCCCAACGAGACAGAGUUCUGGGACCGCAUGGUCGAAGGCUGCCCUGGUUCGUGCCAAAUCUACGACAUGCUCAAGGCGGGCCACGAGUGCGUGGUGAGCGCGACGCAGACGGACGACGAGCGACGCGAGUUCCGCAUCGACCUGCUCAUCAUGUUCAUCACUGGCUUCGGGCUUCUCCUUGUGUGCGUCUUCCUGGACGCCAAGCUCCAGUCGCGCACCAAGUCCAGCGAACUGCUGUCGCGCGAGGAACUGCGCGCCAAGAAGCUGCAGAUGAGGCACGUCGACCCCACCAUCCUGGAGGAGCGCGAGCGGGUUGAGGCCCUGGUCGACGCCAUGACGCAUGGCGAGGAAGAAGGCCUGCUUGGACUGCUCGUGCACAAGCUCGGAAAGACGUACAGGGAGGUGUCGGUGGUCGGCCAGCUGAGCUUCACGGUGCAGCCGGGCGAGAUAUUCGGCGUACUCGGCUUGCAGCAGUCUGGCCGCAGCACGGUGCUAGCCAUCCUCGCCGGUGAUCGGGAGCUUGGCCGUGGUAACGCCUACAUCGAGGGCUGGGGAAUCCGGCGCAACCCCAAACAGUACCUGAAGCGAGUUGGAUACUGCCCCGAAGAGGACCCGCUCAUCUUCAAGCUGACUGGGCGCGAGAUGCUGGCGCUGAUUGCGCGGCUGCGCGGCCUAGCGCCACACGUGAUGCACAAGGAGAUCCACUACAUCCUGCACCAGGUCGGCCUCAUGCGCCACUCCAAGCACCUGACCGUCGACUACGGUUCGGGUGCCCGCCGCAAGAUGUCUCUGGCCAUGAGCCUGGUUGGAGACCCAGCGCUGGUCAUCCUAGACGAGUGCACAUCCGGCGUGGACCCCAUAUCCCGUGGCCGCCUGUUCCGCGCAAUCACGCGCAUCCAGCGGUCCAGCGGCAUGGCCGUGCUCUUCACAUCACACUGCAUGCGCGAGUGCGACCAGCUGUGCACCCGCGUCGGCAUCCUGUCGGGCGGCGACUUCACGCGCGUGGGCGACACGGUGGCUCUGAAGCAGUCGGCCACCCAGGGCUGCACCAUCAUCGUCAAGCUGACCGUCGCCCAGAGCACGCAGGAAGGCUCCAUCAAGGAGAUCAACCGGGGCAUCAAGCGGGAGUUCCCAAACUCGGUCAUCGCCGAGAAGCGAGAGGUGCACCUCUCUUUUAUUGAUUCGUUUACAAAGUUCCCUCGUUUGAGGCCAUUACGAGGCGAAUGGGGUUGA